CGACAGAGAGGGAGAGGGAGAGGGAGAGAGAGAUAGAGAGAGAAAAAGGGGGGAUCCGUUCCCUCUCCAAGCUAAGCUAGGCUCCUACUCCCAGCCUCUCUGCUGCCCGUGCCCGUCAUUACUACCUGGAUCUCCCUCUCUCACACAUAACAUACACACGGGCGGAUACACAGGGCGCAGGGAGAGACAGAGAGAUAACCAAAAUCUCUCUCUCUCUCUUAUAUAUAUAUAUAUAUAUUUUUUUUUUCUGGUUCUUCUCCCAAGCAGGCUGCAGGCCCUCCUCGUUAACAAAAGCAAACAAGGGAGGAAGAUAACCGAAAAAAAAGGAAAAGGACACGAGUCAUGGGCUGCUGUGGAUCGUCUUUCUUAACCGAAACUCACCCUGAAAAGGAAAACCAGCAGAAUCAGCACAACCAGAAUCCGCCGUUCAACCACCCUACUCCCUCCGGCGGUUCUGACCCCGCAGGUGCCGCACUCGGUGGUGUUCCGCCUUUCUCCGAGUUCUCGCUUUCCGACCUUAGGGCCGCCACCAAUAACUUCAGCUCCGACUUCAUUGUCUCUGAGAGCGGAGAAAAAGCCCCUAAUCUCGUCUACAAGGGGCGUCUACAGAAUCGACGAUGGAUCGCCGUCAAGAAAUUCACCAAGAUGGCCUGGCCCGAUCCCAAGCAGUUCGCUGAGGAAGCAUGGGGUGUCGGGAAACUACGGCAUAGGAGGCUAGCAAAUUUGAUUGGCUACUGCUGCGACGGUGAUGAGAGACUGCUUGUUGCAGAAUACAUGCCCAAUGAUACCCUUGCCAAGCAUCUAUUUCACUGGGAAAAUCAAACUAUUGAGUGGGCCAUGCGCUUGAGGGUUGCUUUGUAUAUUGCUGAAGCAUUAGAAUAUUGUAGUACUGAGGGUCGACCAUUGUAUCAUGACUUGAAUGCUUAUAGAGUUCUGUUUGAUGAGGAUGGUGAUCCCCGGCUUUCCUGCUUUGGCCUUAUGAAAAAUAGCAGGGACGGGAAAAGUUAUAGCACAAAUCUUGCAUACACCCCUCCAGAGUACCUACGGAAUGGGAGGGUCACUCCUGAAAGUGUUGUCUUCAGCUUUGGUACUGUUCUCUUGGAUCUUCUUAGUGGAAAGCAUAUUCCUCCAAGUCAUGCUCUUGAUAUGAUACGAGGGAAAAGCAUUCUUCUUUUAAUGGAUUCACAUUUAGAAGGAAACUUUUCAACAGAAGAGGCAACAGCAGUCAUUGGCCUUGCUUCUCGAUGUCUGCAAUAUGAACCUAGGGAGCGGCCAAACCCAAAGAACCUUGUUGCCACACUUUCACCACUGAACACAAAACCAGAUGCCCCAUCUUAUGUGAUGUUAGGAAUACCAAAACAUGAGGAAGCCCCUCCUACCCCCCAACACCCUCUCUCACCAAUGGGGGAGGCCUGUUCACGCAUGGACCUUACAGCAAUCCAUCAGAUAUUGGUAAUGACACACUACAGGGAUGAUGAAGGAACCAACGAGUUAUCCUUCCAAGAGUGGACGCAACAAAUGCGUGAUAUGCUGGAGGCCAGGAAGCGUGGGGACUUUGCAUUCCGUGAUAAAGAUUUUAAAACUGCCAUCGACUGCUAUUCUCAGUUCAUAGACGUUGGAACAAUGAUAUCCCCAACCGUUUAUGCACGGCGCAGUCUAUGCUAUCUCCUCUGUGACCAACCAGAUGCUGCUCUACGAGAUGCAAUGCAAGCACAAUGCGUCAACCCAGAAUGGCCUACAGCUUUCUACAUGCAGGCAGUUGCUCUUGCGAAGCUUGACAUGCACAAAGAUGCAGCUGACAUGUUAAAUGAGGCGGCAGGGCUAGAAGAAAAGAGGCAAAAAGGUGGAAGGUGAUCCUGAGAAUCGAUCAUGCGAAUUCUGAUGAACACACAUCGAGUCUUUGUAAUUUAGUUGGGAAGUUGACUUCUCGUUCACAACAAGAGAAGAUAGAAAAUUGUAAUAUAGAAAGGACAUCAAGUUUUUUACCCCUUAAAUUAAUGCAUGCGCCCUUUUUUUCGCUCA